ACUUCAAAAUACAUAUCUACAUAACAAUUAUAUCUUUAUGUUCAAACCAUGAACGCCAAACACUUACACCUAUAGAUACAAGAUAAACUCAUUCAUAAUAAUAUGAUUACCACUUAUUUAGUCAUCGUCAAGCUAGCGGGGAACAUCAACAGGAAAUAAAAUUAAAAAAUAUGAGAAAAAUACUUGUUAUAUUCACUUUAGGGACAGUGUUGCAUAUAUCGAAUGGAGGUAUUUUACCUCCACAAGCAUCAUCAGUGAGAGAACUCCUUAGUUUGGAUGGUUUAUGGCAUUUUACCACCGAAUCAAAAUUUUUGAGUAAUAUCGAAGAUGCUAAUGAUCUCGAACUAAAUUUGAUGCCUGUACCAUCAAGUUACAACGAUAUAUCGACUCAGCUCAGUUUAAGAGAUCAUGUUGGUUCCGUAUGGUAUCAAAGGAAAUUCUUCGUCCCUUCGUCAUGGGAAAGCAAAAAAGUAUGGAUAAGAUUUGGAUCCGUCUGUUACAAUGCCAGUGUUGUUAUCAACGAUGUCGUCGUUUUGACUCACCAAAUUGGUCAUUUACCUUUUGCUGGUGAGAUUACUUCAGCUGUGAAAUACGGAGAGGAAAAUGUAAUAACUGUUGAAGUUAAUAAUAUUCUAACUUCCUCUACAGUUCCACAGGGUGAAGUAACAACAUUGGUCAGUGGCAGAGUAAAACAAACUUAUACGUUUGAUUUUUUUAAUUAUGCUGGUAUUGACAGGCCUGUAGUAUUGUACACAUCUAGCGGAUCAUAUGUUGAUGAUAUUCUUGUUAAAACGGAUAUUGUAGAUCAAUCAGGAUAUGUAACAUAUAAUAUAUCGGUUGCAAACGAUGAUUCUUCCAUAUCUCAAGAAAUAUCAGUUUUGGACAAAUCAGGAAGUGUUGUAGCUUCCAGCUCAAACAGAACAGAUACUUUGGAAAUACCAAAUGCCACCUUGUGGUGGCCGUAUUUGAUGGACGCAAAUCCAGGGUAUUUAUACAAACUUCAGGUAAAUUUGUUCCAAAACGACAACUUGAUUGACACGUAUAGUCAGCCAUUUGGAAUCCGUAAAUUGACAUAUGAUAAUGACACUUUUACGAUCAACGGAAAAAAUAUCUACAUCAAAGGUUUUGGUCGCCAUGAAGACUCAGAUAUUCGUGGAAAAGGAUUGGAUUUACCCUUGAUCAUCAGAGAUCACAACCUGAUCAAAUGGAUAGGAGCCAAUUGCUAUAGAACAUCUCACUAUCCUUACGCCGAAGAAAUCAUGGAUUUGGCUGAUCAGCUUGGAAUCAUGAUCAUUGACGAAGUACCAGCUGUUAAUACAGAGAAUUUCAAUAAUGGUUUAUUAGAAAACCAUAAAAAAUCUUUGAACGAGUUGUACAGCAGAGAUAAAAAUAGGCCUUCCGUUGUGAUAUGGUCUAUUGCCAACGAACCUAGAAGUAGCUCUGAUGGAGCAGACAUUUAUUACAAGAAGGUAUCUGAUCAUAUGAAGUCUUUGGAUAGAUCCAGGCCAAUUACGAUUGCAAAUUUAUAUGAUGUGGACGAAGAUAAAUCAGAGCAAUUUGUAGAUAUCGUAGGAUUUAAUCGCUAUGAGGCCUGGUAUAGCAACGUAGGUGAACUUGAUGGUAUCUACACUAGGUUAAUAGAAGAUACCACUGCUUUUCGUAAGAAGCACAAUAAGCCUGUUCUUAUGACAGAAUACGGAGCCGAUUCUGUUGAAGGUCUCACUAUAUUGCCUAGUUAUAUUUGGUCGGAAGAAUUUCAAAACGAUGUAAUGGCACAGUAUUUCAGAGCUUUUGACAAGAUGAGAUCGGAGGGAUGGUUUGUCGGCGAGAUGAUAUGGAAUUUUGCAGAUUUUAAAACCGACCAAGAUAUAAGAAGAGUUGGUGGUAAUAGGAAAGGAGUGUUCACUAGAAAUCGUCAACCCAAAGCUGCAGCUUUCUUGUUAAGAAAAAGAUAUUGGGCUUUGGCCAAUAAACUGGACAACGCCACGUUGCCAGAUGAUCUGGAUAGAUACGUCAUAGACAAUACAGAAGAAAACUUACAUAAUGAAUUGUAAAAAUAUAUUUUUUUAGUGUAAAUUAAUAAUAAUAAACAAGUGAAAAAAA